ACAAUGUCGGAUCUAAUUAACUACAGCGUUUUAAACAUUGAAAAUCAAGCAUCGAGACUGCAACGUGGAGAUGUGUGUGUGUUCGUUUCUUUCAGUGGUUUAACCACGCGGGUGUUUAGAUCCAUCGUUCAGACCAGCUUGUGUUCCUUACUAAGCAGGCUCUUCCCUGCCUAGCACUACACCUGGAAACAGCUGCCUCUGGGUGUUGUAUCAUUUGUUAUUUUUGUGAUAAAAUGCAAAUUCUUUUGUUUUAAGUGUAUGUGUGUAGAAGUGGAAGUUCUCUUCAGGUGUAGCAGAGAUGAAAGCGGGCUGUGGGUUGAAAGCGCGGCGGCAGCGAGUCCCGGCUUGUCCGGUACUGUUCUGGAAAUAAAAUCUUGUUUAUGGUACCGCUGGUAAUUACAAGUCACCCCGGGCCUGCCAGACUGCUUAAUCGUGGCUUUAAAACUGGGAUUACAGCAAUAACAGCAUCGCUCUGAAGUCUCGGGUAUCAGGGGCUGUUUUGAAGAUAUUUGCUGCUGGUCUAUUUUAAGACAAGGAUGGUUGGUUUGUACAGGUGAAGCUGUAAAACAUGAAACGAUGAUCUGAAGUGCUCUGACUCGUGCAAUGAAACGAAGGAGCUCAGAGUUCAUAGUCGUGCUCCAGUCUCCUUGGGUUAAUACUCUGAAAUACAAAGCACCUCUAAACGUGAGGAGGGAGGGGGGGGCUGUGGACCGAGCGGCUGUUUUCCGCGCUUUUAUCUCUGCAGGUUUGAUCUUCAGUGGUCUCGUCUCAUCAGUGCAGGCUGCAAACCCUCCAGCUGUCCUUUGCAGAACGAGCCACGCUCUCCUGCCUCCUCCUCCUUCUCUGUCUUCUAAACGGCAGACAUGAAACCUCAUAAUCCCCGCUUCGCUUGUGCAGGCAGCUUACCAGCAUGCUUUACCAGUGGGAGUGGAGCAGACUCCUGAUCCUCCUUCUAAUUCCAGUGCGAUUUCCUCUCCUCUUGGGAUACAGAAUGUGGAAUUAGUGGCUUUCACAUCUCUUGUUUCCUCCCACAGCCGGAUAGCCACAGAAAGCCACAAUAUAUAUGAAGAUUUUACUACCAGUUAGAUUUCCAGUAGAAGCACUGACUGCUUCGGUUUGUGUUGACCGCUCCACUCUCUGCCUUGCCCACUACCUGGCACUGGGGUCUAUUUUAAUGAUCUAGACCAUGGCAGAUCUUAACACCACCAGCCUUUAAAGUCAUUAUCAGGACUGCUCGGUCGCUGACCCCCUUCCAGCGCCUCCUCAAGACACACCUGUUCAGACAACACCUGUGAACCUCACAGCUCCAGACUGGACUACAUGGCACCCAGCUGCAUCAGUACUUGCAUCAGCUUGUGCUGGCGCUGAACUGCUCCACGCUCGGCUGUAUUCCACUACUGCUCUCAAUCACAGUUAUAUGUCCUGUCUCUUGUAUUUGAUUUUACUCUUAAAGGUAACCCUAUUCACGCUUGUCUGUAAUUGCUCUUGUUUGAAAUCGUCCUUAUUCGUUUAUUGUUCUGACUACUUGCUCUUAACAGAAUUUACUCCUUUGUAAGUUUAACUGCUCUGUCGUGAUCGCUCUCAAAUGUAAUUAUUCGCUGUAUUUUUUAUUUUUUCUGGCUCUUACUGCUGAUCUGAUUGAACUCUAUAACUGCUCUUAUCUGUAAUGUGAUACUUUGUAACAUCUGUAAGUCUCCCUGGAUAAGGGCGUCUGCUAAGAAACAAAUAAUAAUAAUAAUUAUUAUUAAUCUCUGCAGCCUGUGUAUCUACGUUUGCAUGUACUGCAGGCACAUAUUCACCAGUCCCUACCCAGAUAUGUCUCCUCCUUCCUCUUCUUUCCUCUACCUGUUUUGAAUCCCCCCCCCCUCCCCGGGGCGUGCCUCUGUUUGAAGUUGGAUCAGGUAAGCCAGGUAAGCACCUAGACUUGAGAUCUGACAGGGAAGGGAACAUCAAACCUGCAGCAGGAGAGAUGCGAUCUGCAGAGCUGUGAGGAGCCUGGACUGGGACUGUCAGCCACACAGGAUAGCAAAGGGCUCGCUCACUCACUCACUCACUCACUCUCCUCACAUGCGCUGCACUCAACAUUGUGACCAAUAAGGAGUGAAUGCAUCUACAGCUGACUGCACCCUGAGCACAACUGAACAGAAUCAACACACCAUAGCUGACAAACUGAAGAGCCAGCGUAAGGAGACUUUGUUUGAUGUCAAGGAGGUGCUGAAAUCCUGCUGAACCGCUCGCAGAUGUUUGUAGUUCUAAUUAAAUAUGAUCAUGUUGGUGUGACGGCAGGUAUUACUAUAGAUAUAUCAGAGGAGGUCCCUGCGUUAAAAAAAAAGCGAAGUGCUGCAUCAAUCCACUGAAUCUCUUUGCUUGCCAGUCAGGAUGAACAGUGGCUUCCCGCGCACACUGCUGGAGUGCAGACACAACCUGGUCCCUGCGAGCUGUGUGCAGUACGGGAUAGCACCCUCUGGUGGUCACGUCCAAUCACACCACCACCACCAGCACCCACACCGCCCUGCCGGGGGGCAGGGGGACCCCCUGGCGCACGUGCCCUUCUUGCUGUACCCCGCUAACGUCGACCCUGGCUACUACGACGCGUCCUACUCGGGCGCCCUGUUUCCCUACGUCCCGUUCCACGGGCACUUCGGCGUGUACGAAUGCCCCUUUGAGCCCGCUUUCAUCCAGAAGCGCAACGAGCGCGAGCGCCAGCGGGUCAAGUGCGUGAACGAGGGCUACGCCCGUCUGAGGGGCCACCUGCCCGGUGCCGAGUCUGAGAAAAGGCUCAGCAAAGUGGAGACUCUACGGGCAGCUAUCCAAUACAUCAAGUACCUGCAGGAGCUGGUGAGCAGAACACCCACCAGCGGCUUGGGACGGGAGCCCGAGGCAGAGGAGCAAAACAGCAAGGCUUCCAGAAACACCAGGGCCAAUUCAACAGAGCCCCUCCCAAACAGCGACGGGGAAUCGCAGAAUCUGUCAUCCGCCUCUUCAUCCCCCUUCUGCGAGUCGGAGGAGUCUGUGAGCUAGGAGGCUCCUGGGCUCCGCGGUGUACGAUGUUUUAUACAGGCAGACCACACAUCCGAACUCUGCGCUGCAGCCAGUUGUAAGAGACAGGAAUGCGAAGGUACGCUUGCUUUAGCACUGCUGGAGUCUGUUCCAGCACAGCAGAACAGGCUAGAUCAUCUCACUGUGAGCCAGCCAACACUGUAGUGGACCCGGGUUCAAAUGAAACCAGGGAAGCAUGUUUGAAAUGAGUUAAGGGGUGAGGGUCUGGGUCUCCAGGGAUCAUUUCAGCAUCGACUAGAGGAAGUUCUGGGAUGAAACGGCCGCUAGGAAUCAGAGGAGGCUAGAGGCAUGAACUGGGGCCUCUCGUUCAGAACAUUUAGAAUGUUCCUCCUGGGGCAACAUGGUGAGGGAUUUCCAAAAAAAGAAUCGGCAACAAUAACCCCCCCCUGCUGAAAAUCCAGCUCUCGUAAGAAAGCUAAUCGCUGGUAAACUCCUUCAAAUAAACCGUGAGGCUUUUCUACAAGAAUUGUAACUUCAACCUGCUUUCCACUGGUCUGUCGGUUGGCUUUGCAUCCUAGCUAAGGUAUGUGUGUGUGUUAGUGACACAGAGUCCACUGGAAUGCUGGUUGCACCCAAACAUGGGUUCUGCAUCUUGGAAGAGCUGCUUCCUACCAGCUUUAUUCAGGACCAAGCCUUUCCCUGUAGACUUUCAAACCAUAUACUUCUCAUUGCUAAAUCAGUGUGUGUGUGAGAGAGAGAGAGAGUUUUAUCAUGUCUGUCACAACAGUUUGUAGUUAUUUUUUUUUUUUUUUUAUAUUUGAAAACACUGUGUAUCUUGCUGCUGGUGCAAAAUAUUUAAUUUAAUUUGUAUCUUUUUUUUAAUUAUUGAGUUUGCAUGCUUCUUUUGCACUUUACCCAAAGUUUGGUAUUUCUUUUUGUGUGUGUAGAACUGUCCUAGAAAGUAGA